CUCAGAUACGUGCUGGUGACUGGAGAGCUCUUUGGCGCGGGCUCGCUCGUUCGACGUUUGAAGAGGAAAAACAUUUCGUUCCUGAGGGAGGGAGGGAGUAGCGGACGUUGGAUGGAGUAAGCGAAUCGGUCUGGUACAAUGUGGGGAGAAGAACGACCGCAUUGUUGCAGGCGUUUGUUGUAGCUAGGAGGUGGUUGAUUUUCCAGUCGGUGAGAGGCUGGACAACGAUUGUUAACUGAGGUUUUACAGAAGUGUGUCGAUGAUGCCGUCACCGGCCAACUCCCCGUUUUCUUUCUCCACCUUUCAGACGCCGCAGCAGCAGCAGCAGCAGCAGCAACAACAGCAACAACAACAGCAGCAGCAGCAGCAGCAGCAGCAAAUGUCAAACCAGCUUGUUGCUGGAAAUGCGCCUCAUGUUCAUCUAAUGAGUGCUGAUCGCAGUCCACUCUCUUAUCAAGCCAAGUGGUCUGACAUUCAUGAAGAUUCCAAAUCUGUUCUCCUCGCUGUUGAAGACAAGAUGUUGGAGUAUAGAGAAGAAAGUCGCCGAUUGGACCAGUGUCAACGCCUCUAUGAUUCAUCAGCACUUCAGAAAGGCUUUGAAUUGGAAAGCCAGCGCAUUUGUCAGGAACUGGGAAGUGUAGGUGCUUGCAUAUCAAGGGAACAGCGAGCCCUGGAGGAACAGGUGCAGACUGUCAAGCUUUUGAUGCGGAAUACGGAAGUGGCGGUGCGAUCCUUUAUGAUGCUGGCACAACAUGCCUCUAGAUCGCAGGUUCCAGCCCUUACUGUUGGUCCUACACCUCCAAGUACGUCGGCGUUGAACUAUCCGUCAGCAACUCCUGCACCUCCACAGCCUACCCAACCGACUGGCCCUGCCGAUUUCUACAGCGGGAUACCGACAAAACCCUCUCCAUUUCUUUUGCAAACUGUUCUUCGAUUUGAAUCUCAGUUGGCAGAAUAUCACCAACGAGUGGAAGAGCUCGAACGCCUCCUACAAGAUGGCCAUUCAAAUGAAAAUGGGAACCCCAACUCUGAGCUGUCUUUAUUACAGUCUCUACCCACUGUCAUGAGUAAUGUGCAUGACUUCUUCAUACAUGUAGCUGCUGAGAUGGAAGCUCUGCAUCAGAAAGUUGAAGCAAUGAGGGUGGCUUAUCUUGCUGAUCGUCGUCGUAGAGGAGAUGAUAGAGAUCCUUUUCUUGAAGCUGACAGGCGGGAAGUUGCGAAACGUGAAAUUGCGGCCAAAAGGGUCCAUCCUACUCUCAAUACGUUGAUGAUUCAACACACACAACAGACGCCUGGACCUAACUUCAAUUCACCUUCGAUGCCAUCUUUUCCCGCUGGGUCACCUGCACAAAGUACGCCUUUUUCUGUUCAGUCUUCUGCACCUGCACCAUCUUUGUUUGGUGCUCAAGGAACUACAAAUGCCUUUCCUUCAACACCUGCACCUUUUACACCAUCUACGCCUGCUGCUUCAUCUCCUUUUGGUUCAUCUCAAUUGUCAACAUUUUCUUUAUUUGGAGCAUCCACGCCUGCUCCUAGCAGUUCGCCUUCUUUGUUUGGAGGUUCUACACCUACAGCCAGUGCACCUGCAGGUAGUUUGUUUGGUGCAGGUCCCGCUACGUCUACAGGACUGUUUGGCGCACCUACUGGAGGAGGCCUCUUUGGGGCCCAGUCUUCUCCUACUGUUUAUGGUACUCCAGCAACGCCAACUUUUGGAUCAAUUGCUCCUGCCACUGCUGCCCCACUAUUUGGCAUGGGCUCCACCACGGGAGGAGCUGCUGCUGCAAAACCGAAACCACGAGGACCAAGAAGGAAGUAAGUCUGGGUGGUAGUUGGGGUCAUUCUAUUCCUUUGCAAGAAUACCACAUGUAUUACUUCUAUGUCAACGUGGUGUCAGUUCCGAAAUCUUAGACUAUAUACAGCUUUGCAAAAUCUAUCACUUGGGCAGAUAACCUUACACCAUCGAGCAAGUGAAGCUUUAGUUAGCAGCUCUAUUGAGCUCGAUAUAUUCUGGGAUGAAUCCAAGAGGGCGUACAUCUCGGAUAGUAAUUUCAGAGAAAGGUGUGCAGCUCUAUCUGCACAAAGUCUGGGACGCUGGAUAUCUUCAAUCCAUGCCAGUGGUGUAGGAAUAUGAAGACGUUUAAGAUAGCGUCUACCCCCGUACUCGUCAUCAUCCACCAGUCUGGAAGUUCCCGCCCGUAAGUGAAGGUGCUCUGUUGUUGGAGGCAGACAAGUACUGGUCACCUUCGGAACCUGCGCUUCCACUUUAGGUUAAAUGAUGCCCUAAGCUGUGAGCUCAAGGAUACAAAACGUUCAAUCAACUUGUAGGGAUACAGCUAAAUCUGAAGUCAGCAGAGUCAGCAGCAGGGCUUGAGCUGCAUUUUUCAUCAGUAUGUACUAUAUGGCAUUCGGGGGUGUAGACCAUCACCCGUCUUGAUAGGAAUGACUAAUAUACGUGGGUUGAACCUGCCGUGAAAGUAAGUCGUCUGGAUUACUGCGAAGAACUGCGGAGAAUUAUUUUUGACACAAGUUACUACUUCUGAAUGAAGAGCAGUCUUUUUUUGUACC